AUAUUAGCAGCUUGAUCUAAAGGUCCUACAUUAAAAUAAAAAGCGAAAGUCAUGCAAUCCGAAGACUCAGAGGAAGCGGUGGUGAUAAAGGAUGAGCCAGAUGAUGUCGAGGACCCGUUGGAUACGUCCCACCCAUCGGCAAUGAUCAUGGAACACGAGGGACAGCUGGUUUACCAAUGUCCGGAAUGUGACCGGCAGUUUGAUACCGAUCGUGCCUUUUCCCUUCACUCGGAGAAGCACGAAAACAUUAAGAACGGCACGUUUCAGUGCAAGCACUGUAGGAAGUGCUGCAUCACGCUACCGUUCCUGCGCAGCCACCUGUGGAAGGCGCACAAAAUUAUCACCGAGUUGACUGAUUCCGCCGGCAAACGAUCCUACACCAAAAACAAAUCGUCUUACUGCGAAAUAUGCAACAAAACGUUCCUAUCGGCGCACAAUUACAAUUCUCACAUGCGCAGACAUCGCCAUCUCGAGUCCGGCAAGUACAGUUGCGGCAUUUGUCAAAAGUCAUACGGCACAAAGUCCGAACUAAACCGGCACAUCAAGAUGCACCCGCCCAUGGGAGUGUGCGAACGGUCGGACAUUCCACGUUACUGCAAGAAUUGCAACAAACACUACGCGUCGGACGUUUCGUUUCAACACCAUCUGAACUAUUCGAUGAAGAAAGGCCAGCAAAUUAAGCGGCUAAAAACUCACGCCGAGAGGGCAGCAAGUAAAAACGGCGAACCUGGUCCAAGCGUUCAGCAAAUGGUGGUCAACGUGAAAAGCAGUAAUAUGCCGGAUCACGAUUAUGUUGGGGAGCCACUGCAGGGCGGUGCACUGGAUCCAUCCGAGUUGGUUCAGGUCAAGCUGGAGGGCGGCGAUUGACGACGGCAGCGGCUAAUUUUAUAUAAUCUUUAUUUUCUUCAGUAAACCUUUGUUGUAAUCAUUUGAAGUGUUAUUUUCUAGCUUUUAAAUUAUUUUCUGGGGUUAAUGUGAAAUAAAACGUGAAUUCAAUAAGA